GAAGCGAAGGUGGUGCGAAUAAAUCAAAUUUCCCCCGUUUUUUCUAUCUCCCAUCCUUCUCGCAACGUCCGCGCUCCAUCUUCCGCUUCCUCCCUCGCCCUCGGCAUACAGGCGACGGCGGCGGCGGCGGCGGCGCCGCUCAGGCUCGGGCUCUAAGCGACGGCGUCAUUGGCUUCCCCUCCCGCCUCUCUCCAGUCGCCUCGCGCCCUCGCCUCCGGUCCUCCGCACACAGGUCUAUUGUACAAGGGAUACAUGCAACAAAACUUGCGAAGCCAUGGCUACCCAAGAAGAAACCAUGGUAACUGAAUCAUCACCCUCUAGUGAUUCAUCUAUCACUAUUGGGUUGGCCGUGAGCAGCUCCAAGUCCAGCAAGUAUGCAGUGAAUUGGGCUCUGAAAAACUUCGGUACCAGACAGAGGAUAAGGUUCAUGCUCAUUCAUGUCCGGCAAAAGGUCACACUCGUUCCAACCCCGAUGGGCAACUAUGUUCCUGUUGAUCAAGUGAGGGAUGACAUUGCCAGUGCAUAUGAAAAAGAAGUCGAAUGUGAGGCCCAAAAUAUGCUCCUUAUGUACAAGAACAUGUGUGAUGGCAAGGUUGAAGCUGAAGUAUUGGUUGUCAAGGGUGAUGAUGUGGCAGAAACUAUUUCAGGUGUUGUCUUAGCAUGCCAAAUUCACAAGCUUUUUGUUGGUGUCUCUUCUCAUAGCAACUUUAUAAGGAAGUUCAAGGGCACUAGGAUGUUCUCUCGAAUAUGCAAGUGUGUUCCAAGCUUUUGUAUGGUGUAUGCUAUUUCAAAAGGUGGGUUGUCCAUGGUUUAUUCUCUUGGAUCAGAAAGUGACAACAGUUCUAAGAUACUCCAGGUCAACGAGAGUUCUAACAGUGAACUUUAUUCAGAUAAGUCAUCAGUAUCAGAUAUUACACCUUCCAUAAUUUCCAGAUCCAACUCGCUCGAUGGGAAUCUGGAUAGUCCCCCAUCUACACAUCAUAAUUGGUCACAGUCUUUACAAGAACACCUCUCUAGAAGCACUUCAUCUACCAUUGGUAAAGAUCAAAGGAUCAGUCCUUGUACUGAUGGAUCUAGUAACUUGGGGAUCUUAGACAAAACCCCAACCAUGAGCAGGGCACUGCAGGAAUUGAUGUUGUUAGAGGACGAGGCAAGCGCUCCUUGUGCUACUGGUCAAAUUUCUGCAUCUACUAAUUUGCCUCUCUCCGACAAAGCUCUAACUGUAAAGAGUGCGCUGCAGGAAUUGAUGCUUUCAGAGGACAAGGCAAGCACUCAUUGUGCUAGUGGUCAAAUAUCUGGAUCUAGUAACUUCCCCAUCUCAUACAAAGCUCCAACAGUAAGCAAUGCACUGCAGGAAUUGAUGCUUUCAGAAGACAAGGAUAAUGCCAAUUUUGAGCUUGAAAAACUCAGGAUUAAACUAGAACAUAUGAAAGGAGUGUGCAAACUUGUUCAGGAUGAGUCUACCAGUGCUUCUCAGCAAAUGAUUGACCUAGUUGAAAGACGUGCUCAAGAGGAAGCUCGGCUGGCGGAGGUCCGCCAGAGGAUCAACAUUACCACUGAGGCAGCGCGGAAAGAGAGGGAGCAGCGGUACGCUAUAGAGGCGCAAGCUAGGCAUGUGAGGGACCUUGCAAAAGAGGAAGCUUUGAAAAAGCAGAAUUUGCAGCUUAGGUUAUCAAGGGAGGCUGAUAAUGUGCAAAAGCUGGAGAAACUUCUUGAAUUGGGAGGCAAGUCAUACACAGUAUUUACAUGGGAGGAGAUGGAAUCUGCUACAUCAUCGUUUUCGGAGGCACUUAAGAUUGGAUCGGGAGCAUUCGGGACAGUGUACAAGGGCAAAGUCCACCAUAAGACUGUGGCCAUAAAAGUACUCAAAUCUGACGACAGCCACAUUGCCAAACAUUUUGAAAAGGAGCUUGAGAUUUUGGGUAAGACCCGACAUCGCCAUUUGUUGCUGCUGCUAGGUGCCUGUCUGGACAGAGCUUGCUUGGUAUACGAGUACAUGGAGAAUGGCAGCCUUGAGGAUCGGCUGCAGUGCAAAGGAGACACUGCCCCACUCCCAUGGUACCACCGUUUCCGUAUUGCAUGGGAAAUAACAUUGGCACUUAUCUUCCUACACAGUUCAAAACCAAAGCCAAUUAUCCACCGUGACCUCAAGCCUGCAAAUAUACUCCUUGACAGAAAUUUCACUAGCAAAAUCGGUGAUGCAGGCCUUGCAACAUUUCUUCCAUUAAGGGACACUUCGUCAACACAUACAAUUCGAAAAUCAACAGAUCUAGUUGGUACACUGUUUUAUCUGGACCCAGAGUAUCAGAGGACAGGUCAAGUUUCAGCAAAAUCUGAUGUAUACGCUUUGGGCAUGGUGUUCUUGCAGCUUCUGACUGCAAAGUCACCAAUUGGGCUAGCAGACACUGCUGAGAGAGCAAUGGAAGAGGAUCACCUUAUUGACAUUCUGGACCAACGUGCAGGAAAUUGGCCUGUGCGAGAAGCGCAUGAGCUAACUCAGCUUGGCCUCCGUUGUUUGGAAAUGCGAAGCAAGGAUCGACCUGACCUGAAGUCUAAGGUUCUUGUAGUUUUAGAGCGGCUGAACAAUCUUGCCAGCACUGUGUAUCAUUCGGUGCAGCCCAUCCCAACUGCACCACCAAGCCAUUUUAUCUGCCCUAUACUCAAGAGGGUAAUGCAGGAUCCAUGCAUUGCGUCUGAUGGGUACUCGUAUGAACGGGUUGCGAUUGAGAUGUGGCUUAAUGAGAAUGAUGUGUCACCAUUGACGAAGGCGCGACUUCCUGACAAAAACUUGGUGCCCAAUCUUGCCCUGAUAUGCCUGAUCAAUUCUUGGAAGGGAGAGGUAGGAGCUACUGGGCCCAUUCGCUGAGCUUUACUACCCAAGGAUAUCGCAUUAGAAGCUAAUGCUGUACAGGUUUGUCUUGAUAACCUCCAUACACUGUAGAUACCGUGAUCGGGUGAGUUCUCUGUAAGUAGCAGUUUUGCAGCAUCUCUUAGAUAGUACAGUGUGAUAGAUCCUGAAGGUUACUUCAUGCUUAGCCCCAAUUAUAGGUCUGAAUCCGUAGAAUACCACAGAGACACAGACCCUUUAGGGCUUGUUCGUUUCUACCCCAAUCCAUAUGUAUUGAGGGGGAUUGAGGGGGUUUCAAUCCCUAGUAAUUCAAAAUCCCUUCCAAUCCGUAUCAAUCUCCUUCAAUCCAUAUGGAUUGAAAAUAACCGAACAAGCCCUUAAAGGAUUUGAUUAGGGUACCCAUAGUUAUUCGAUAUCCCGUGGCCUACGACGGUUUCUGUACCUUUCAGAAAUGAUGAAGAUGCACAUGUCCUACGAUGGUUUAUGUACCCUUUUUA